AUGGAUCAGAUUAUGAACAAGGUCGGCUCUUAUUGGUUAGGGAAAAAGGCUAACAAAGAGUUCAACUCCGUCGGUGACGAUUUCAAUUCAUUGUCUAGCAGUAUUGAAGGAGGUACCAAGUGGUUGGUCAACAAACUCAAAGGAAAAAUGCAGAAGCCAUUACCUGAGCUGCUGAAGGAAUUUGGUUUACCGGUUGGGAUCUUUCCACAGGAUGCUACAAACUACGAGUUCAAUGAAGAGACGGGGAAGUUGACUGUCUUCAUCCCUGAGACCUGCGAGGUCGGAUACAGAGACUCAUCGGUGCUAAGGUUUACGACUACGGUCACUGGUUAUCUGGAGAAAGGGAAGCUAGCUGAAGUGGAAGGCUUGAAAACAAAGGUGAUGAUUUGGGUGAAAGUGACUUAUAUCUCAGCAGAUGCGUCAAAGGUUUAUUUCAUGGCUGGGAUGAAGAGAAGCAGGAGCAGAGAUGCUUAUGAAGUGAUUAGGCCUGGUGUUGGUGUUGAUAAAUUCUAA